UUUGGGAUUAAUGCACAGCCCCUGGCGACCUCAGGAAGGUACGGUGCGCUCAUUGUCCCAUUCCCUCAAUUUCCUUCGCGACUUCUGCUUCUGCCUUCUCAUCGCAUCCCCCAUCACCAACAACAUCAACCCACAACUGAAGAUCCGUCGUCAACUCUGAUAAAACUACUUUUCUUCUUACACUGGCUACACCCAACUUCGAUAGCCGAACUAACAUAUUCUGUUUUAAUCCAACUUUGCCGACGAGACGACUUUGACUUCGUCUUCGCUGCUGCCUGACUCGACGCGCAGCAAACAUCACAUACAUUGCCAUCAACUCAUUUAACGCUUCUCUUCCGCGCACAGCUUCACGAAGAGUUCACCUCGCCGCCAUCAUCAUUCUUCCCAUCCAUCAAACACCAUCCAAAACCAAUCCCACCACAAUCACGAUGUCUGGAAAGCUCAAUCAGUCCCUUGACGAGAUCGUCUCGACCUCGCGACGCCAAAGCAGUCGCCGCGGCGGUAGAGCUACACGCCGCUCCAUUGGACGUCCCACCACCACUGCUCCGGUUGGUGGUGUGCAGAAGAUCACUCGCCCACCCCGAGGCGCUGCUCCCAAGCAGGCUCCUGCGAAGGCAAUCGGAGGAAAUGGAGAAAGUAAGGUUGUUGUCAGCAACCUGCCUAAGGAUGUGAACGAGGGCCAGAUCAAGGAGUACUUUAACAGCUCGGUCGGUCAUAUCAAGCGAGUUGAGCUGUCGUACGGCCCUAACGGCGUGAGCCGUGGUAUUGCCUCUGUCACCUUCGUUAAGGCAGAUGGUGCUCAAAAUGCGUUCACCGCUUUGAAUGGCCUUCUAGUCGACAACCGACCCAUCAAAAUUGAGAUUGUUGUCAGCGCGGCCAAGGCUGCGGAGAUAAUUCCUCCCACCAAGACCCUUGCUGAACGUACCUCUCAACCGAAGUCACAGCCUAAGUCGGCCGCUCCGAACAGAAAGAAGGAGACUGCCGUCAGGGGUGGUGGCGCUAGCGGUGCACGCGGUGGACGUGGCGGCAAGAAAGAGGCACGACCCCGCAACGGUCGACCUGCGAAGAAGACCGCUGAGGAACUCGAUUCCGAGAUGGCCGACUACUUCGAUUCAGCAGCUAACCAGAAUGAGAACACCAAUGGUGCCGCCCCCGCUACCAAUGGCGAUGCCCCCAUGGAUGAUGGAAUCAUGUGAACGGAAUGCGAACGGUUCUCCAGCAAACGGCGUCGAUAAUGAUUCUACGGGGUGGACGGCAGGGUCUGUAUCUACCGGAUCUGGGUUGUGCAAUCCGGAUCAUUUUCUCAUUCCUUUCACAACUAGUUACACGCGACUGUUCUUCCCUUUUUCAGAUUGAAGUGGACGAGGAAAACUAGGAACGAUGGAUGAGCUUUCCAUUUGGAGUUGGUUCUGGUCACACGCUUAGGAUUCAGGCACUCGUAGAUAGUGACGGAUAAUGUGCAUGAAGAUACCACUGAUACCACAAUGCGGCCCUCUCUUGUGUGUAAUAGAAUGCGAUGCCGCUCGCUGUCGAUGCCCUUCUUUUCGUUGUUUGAUUUACUGAUCUUGCU